UGUGAAUCAAGAUACAAGGAGUGGCUGGCAAUGCAAGAAGCAUCUUCUGCUUUCAAUUGAAGUGACUCUAAGUUCUAGUGCAAUAAGUUGUUGUGAGCAACAAAUAGCUUUCUUCUAAUACGCUUCUCCCAGAAUUGGACAAUAUUUGAUGUCCCACGAAACUUGCCAUUGGUUUUGAUACUGACCCUGACAAAAUAUUACGUCAUCGUGUAAACACUUCUGACGUCUUCAAAUCAAUCAAAACGAGCAAACAGCUGUCAAAGAUAUUAUCGAUCAGUGUACAAGUUAGGCGACAGACCUUUCAGUCGAAAGAUUGUGAUAUCAUUGUUAGAUCAGAACUUACUAUCAUAUCAUAUUAUAAUACGUUACGUUUCUUACUCUGUCGAUUAAAAAUACUACGCUUAGUCCCAUUUGCAACUCGUAAAGACCAGGGACUAAGGAGUUUCAGUUGUUGAUGUAAUUGUUACGACUGCUGCCACUAGUAUGAUCAAAUGUGAUGCAAGAGUCAUGGUCUUCACUGUUUAAGAAAGAGUGUAACUGAUACUGCUCAUUUUUGAACAGAUCAAACAACUUAGAAGUAACUUUGCAAAGUUGUUCGAUAUUUUGUUAUUACUGAAACCAGCUACAAGCAAGAGUGCAACUUCUUUUCUCAGAGACUUAAAAAACUAGAUUGAAAAAGGAGCCCCUUUUUGUUGCAGUUUGUUAAGUUAAAUUGAAGUUUGUUGACGCCUAUCUUAUUCAGUGGUAGAGUUCUCUUUACAGUUCAAUUUUUGUUAAGAGACUCAGUUUCGACUUUUUAACGCACACAGUUGGUCUGAAGGGAACAGACCAAAGUGGAAUUAUAGUUAUUUGCAGAAACUUAGCAUUUCGGUUACCAAACUAAAUCGAGCUCUUAGUUUGUCUGGCUUUAGUCGAACACUCAUUCUUACUUACCACUAUCAGAUCACGAGUUGAGAUACAUUUCAUAAAAGUUUUGUUAUUACUUGAGUUACAGUUCAUUAUACACUUCUGUUCUGUUGGUGUUGUUACCAUUUCUCUUGUCAGUUGUGCGAGCGGCCGACUUUAAUAAUUUUAAACCAACUUCAGUCAAAAUUAAACGUUCUCAAAAUUUAUUGCAAUGAAAAUUUUGUCCUAAUUUAGUCAGCUACAGAAAUAAAUAGCUGCAAUAAGUUUUUAUAAAGAUUGAGUCGCAGUUUAUUUAUAGUAAAAUUGAAGACUGUUUGGCAUUGGUUUCAAUUUACUCUCGUUUUGGCAAUAAAAAAGAAUAAAUUAACAAACACUGAAGUCAGAUCAAAGAAAAAAUCGAAUUCAGUUGCUCCCAUUUUAAAUCAUCGAAGAAGAAUAAGACUUUUAGCUAUUGAAGAAAAAAAUACAAAGCUAUGACUGAAAAUCGACGCAUCACCUAUUUGGACACAAAAGCUGUCGUUGUCUUCAGUUUCGACUUCAUCUUGAGACGGCAUAAUUUGAACUGGGUCGGACCCAAACCCAAUUUGCCCAUUCAACUUUCGCCCUGCUUCUACCAAAUUCUGGAGAAGAUGUUGGAACUGUACGACGAUAACUUCAAAGAAGUCACUCAUGGUGUGGACCAGGAAAUGCUGGAAGCGCCUGAAGUAGCUGUUGAAAAUGUAGGAAACGGCAUUUUGAGAAAGUGUCAUUUGCCUGUGCAGCCUAGAAACCAGACGCCGCCUAUGAUUUCAAAAACGAGGUCAAAUAACCACCUGAUUUUGACCUCUGAUUCGGGAACAAGCAACGAACUGGUAACACCGCCUAACUUCAUGCAGAGCAAUGUAGUAAUUCUAGUCUACUUCGCAGCUUGCUUGGAAGUGCAGAAACAGAUCAAAUUGAUGAAGAAGACUAGUCUAAGUCGAAUAUUUGAGAACGGUCACCAUAACAGAUCUAGCGUUUCGAGUCAUGCUUCAAUUAACAGUAAUGAAGUUUUCCCCACUGACAAUGAACCUUUUCACAAUGGAAUGCAUAAUGGAAAUGAUAUCGAAUCUUGUAAAAGGUCAACGUCAAAUUACUCUCUUGGUAAUACUAAUUCCCAUAACGUGGCUACGAGUUUGAAUAACCACCGGGACCGAAGGUCGACGAUAGGAACCGACAGUGUUUCCUGUUAUGAAAUGACUUCUAGAAUAAAUGGAAUGUCGGUAUCGUCGUGUAGCACCAGUGAGCUGAGUGGUGGUUUGGACAGAUCCAAUACAAUCUUUGUGGCCAAUAAAGUGUCCUCCUUCAUCAACCGCAAUAUGGGAUACUUCAUCGAUCAUUAUGGAGGAUGGGAAGCAUGGGUCAGAAUAUCAGCCAGUGGCGGCAACUCAACCUCAAUGAGUAAUCCACAAUCCCCGAAUCUAUCCGAGAGAGAACAAGACCCGACGGAAAACAACGUGUUCGCCUCUUCGCUCAACCACCCGCCAAUGCUCCUCUCACGAAGCAGCCGAUCUCACGAGUCCAAUUCAACAGUGUCGUCAAACGACAGAAGCCGAGGAGGAAGUUCUUGGAUCCUACAUGACGCACGACUCACGACGUCACUCGAGGACAACCCUUCGGCUAAUGGGGGAUAUAGUAGUGGCACAGAUGACACGACACAGACGCUCACGAGUUAUAAUAACGAGAAGACUUCGUAUAAAAAUAGUCGUAAUGGGGUGAACGGAAUACGUACAUCUGCGAGUAGAAUGAGUAAUGGUAGUGCAAGAACAAGUAAUGCUGAUUCGGAGUGCAUUAAUGGGAGUGCAAGUAGUGAGAAUAGGUGGAAUCAUUUCACGAAUGUCAUGGCCGCGGGAGUUCUGGGUGCUGGUGCUCUCUUGGGAACAUUGCUGUACCGUGCCAAAUAAAGUAGUAAAUAUCUACUAUUUAUGGGAGUUUUAUUAUGUAAUCCGUGUCCCAUAAAAUGAAAACUCAUAUUUGGCGAAACAACUUUUCAAGACAGGUGUGUCAGAAAUGUAGACAGAAAUCGCCUAUCAUAUCGGCCAAGUUUUCCACUCCAAUUAUAAAUUUCAUUCCAGUUACACUAUUUUUUUUCAAAAUGCCAAAACCAAAAAUAAACAGCCAAUAACGAUUUUUGUAACCAGCAGAGCAGUUCAAUUUAAAAGUGUUUGAAGAAAGUUAUUUUGUGGUUGUUUUAAAUUAAGUUAUCGUCCUUAUUUAUUCCCUAUGUACUCGAAAGAAAUUAUUUUGACUUUAAUCUGUUCGCAUUAUGACCAGCUUUUACCGUUCACUCUUUGAAGUUUAAUUAAUUAAACUCGUAUUAUGAACAGCUUAUUUUUUGUAAAGUGAGCCAAUUUCUUUGUAUUUAUGAAAUCGUAACUGCCGUAAUCCAAAGUUUCGAUUGUUAUGAAUUUUCUGGGAGCUUCAAAAUAUUCUUCGGACAAAAGUAUGCUCGAAAAUGCUACAAGCAGUUAAGAGCAGCAGACACAUAAAAAUGAAAGUAUGGUGAAGCAAAGAAAGCUACGGGUGGACCUGAUUUUGACUUCUACAACUCAUUCGAUGACUAUAACUGAAGCAUCUGAAAUUAACAAACUCGAACUGAAACUUAACCAAUUUUGUCUAUUGUAUUUUCGUAUGAAGAUUUAGUUUUUUAUUGAAUUGCGAAUUCAAAUUUCAAUCUUAA